UAUCUAGCAAAUAAAACUGGUUCCCUCCCUUGACAUACCAGUGAAACAAAGCACGAAGAUGGCGAUGGAUUUUAAGAUUGAAGUGGAAACAUUAAAGAAAUGUAUGGGAGGGGAGUCGUUGUACAAGGAGGCUAUAGAACACACAGCCAGUCUGAACAUGAGGAUGGGGAUUGAGAGGAAAAUGAGACUGCCAUUCUUGGACUCCCAGACAGGGGUAGCACAAAGUCACACAGCUCUGUGGCACCCCUACAGAGACAGACUGCCAGGUCAAACAUACGGACAGCUUUAUUCUUACCCAGCCUACAGAUGGAAAAAGAAAAAACGAUUAGCAUUCAUGAACACAGAGAAUCGUGUAAACAAGCCAAGUGAGGUCGAGACUGGGGAGUCAGACAUGCAUCAGAUAAACACUGUGGAAAAUCCUGCAAUAUGCAAGGAAGAGGAAGGAGAAAAAUACAGUGAAAACAGCAAAGACCGAUGGUAUGAUGAUUAUGACAACCUCAGUGAGCCACCGGAUGCAGGGGAAAUGGUCGAUGAUCAAUCGGACAUCAGCGACUAUGAGGAAACCUACAUCAAAAAAAAGAAAAAGAAGACGACAGGAAGAGGAAGGAAGAAAAAUACUGAGAAGGAACAACCACAGAUAUCUGAAGAGAAAGACAAGCCAUACUCCUGUGAAGGACGGACAAAGUCAUGGAAAGCUUGUGGGGCUAGAUACAAGACAAGACCAGGUCUACAGUACCAUUACAAUCAUUUCCAUAAUGGCAUGAUCGAGGAUGAAACAGUUCCCUCACCAAAGCCCCCCGCCAGGGCUUCUAGUCGGACCGCCGUCCUUAAGUCCCUGGUUGCUUCUUCAUCUGGUACAGUGUCAGAAAAAGGUGGGCGUUCUGGAAUGGACAAGCGUGACAUCUCAGCGAACAAUUACUGCGAUUUCUGUCUGGGGGACUCUGAGGAAAACAAAAAAUCCAACCAGCCGGAGGAGCUGGUGUCCUGCAGUGAUUGCGGAAGAUCUGGUCAUCCCACUUGCCUGCAGUUUACAGCCAACAUGAUAAUCUCUGUGAAAAAGUACCCCUGGCAGUGCAUUGAGUGCAAGUCUUGUGGACUGUGUGGAACCUCUGACAAUGAUGACCAGUUGUUGUUCUGUGAUGACUGUGACAGAGGUUACCACAUGUACUGCCUGAAUCCACCCCUCUCAGAACCUCCAGAAGGAAAUUGGAGUUGCCAUUUAUGUAUUGAGGAGUUUCAUGGAGGGAAAAAGCCACAGGGAAUGCAGUAGGGAGGUGACGAAGCCACAAGGAAUAUUUUAAGGAGGGAAUACUGUAGGGAGGGGAAAAGGCACGGGGAAUACUAUAAGGAGGGAAGAAGCCGCAAGGAAUACUAUAGGAAGUGGAAAAGCCACAAGGAAUACUAUAGGAAGUGGAAAAGCCACAAGGAAUACUAUAGGAAGUGGAAAAGCCACAAGGAAUGCAAAAGAGAGGGUAUCCACACAUCAAUGGCCUUUGCAUUAACUUACAUACCUGUAUAUGUGUUCCAUGUGGUGAUAAAAAAAACAGCAACACAAAAUUAUUUGUUGAAUAUCAGAUCUUAGGAUGCAUGUAUUACAGGAAAUUCUAGGACUUUUGACACUGAAGUCUUAAUGAAUUUCAGUGUAUUAUUUGUCCUUUUGAAAUAAUAUAUACAAAGUACCGAUACCAGUUGGAUUUCAUCUUGGAAUUGUGAAGCACUUGACAGGUCACUGGAAAUAUUUUCCAGCAAUUGGCUUCAGAUUUUGAAAUUGAAUGACCACAUUUCCAUUAUAAUGUAGAGGUGGUUUUGAACAAGCAUGCCAGUCAUGAUGUAAUGUUGUUUAUAUGUAAUAUUACAAAAAACAAAUGUCAUUGUUUUGUGCUCUUUAUCAAAUAAAAUAUACAAAACUUA